AUGGGUAUCUUGUCGCUCCCGUUUGCUCGUCUCGUCACCUUCGGCUGCACUCUAGUCUUCUCCGUGAUCGUACUAGGCCUCAGCGCGGAUGCUCUCUCGAUCACCCAGACGUAUGAGGGGUCGUAUUUCAUCUGGGACGCGUUGGCGCUCGCGGUCUCAAUCAUCACCAUCUGCUCUAUCGUGCCUAUGUUCGUUAUUGACUUUCUUCGCCGGGGUGCCUUCACUUCGCUCGUCGUCGUUGAAAUUGGCUGGCUCUCUGUUCUCUGGAUCCUUUGGUUGGCGACAGGCGCAUAUGCCGCGGACAUCAACCAAAUGGUAUUCGGCACCAUCAGUUGCAGCGAGUUCAACACCAUCACCUCGAGGUUCUGCAGCGAGUGGGACGCAGUCGAAGCGUUCUCCUUUCUGACAUGGAUCAUUAUACUGGCGUAUACCGUUACCCUGGCCGUCUUCGUUUUCACGGGUCGUCGCGCAUGGAGGGGAUCUGUCCGCGAUACGCCCGCAGUCGCGCCAGUCCAGGAGAAGUCGGAGCCCGUGCCUAUGACCGCGACAUCGGGCGCGAGCCCUACAUCUCCGAGCUCAUAUCCGCAUACCACGAACGCCGCGCCGAUGAGUGUUCAGCGUGCGGAGGUGUAA